AUAAAAGCCGACGGUGUUACACGGACGUAUUUGACAGUUGCACCACAAAUCAACAACAACGGCAGCGGUAGCAAUGGCUAAAAGUGAUGGAAGUGACUAUUUUAAAAGAACCAGUCUUUUUUGGAUCGUCUCCGUCACCUUCGGGUUGGCGUAUUUUAGUUGCAUCGUGUUUGCGCCUGAAAUAAUACCAUACCAUCUCCUGGGCCCGUUUGGUACCUUCUGCAGAUAUCUUGUCGACAACCAUGCGGGCGUCUUGUACAAAGGGUGGUGGGCGACCGUGGCCAUUCAUGUUGUUGAGGCCCUGGUCUCCUUGAAAGUCUGCCGCAACAAAGGCAUCACCGCGCCCACAAGGUACUUGUGGUUCCUCCAGACCUUCGUGUUCGGCUUCGCCUCUCUCGGCCUGCUCAUCAAAUACAACCCGCAGCGGCGCAAACAGCACUGAUGUGGCCUCCAAAAGCCAGACGAGAACAACCGAGGAACAUGACCUUUUGAAACGGUCGAAUAUUGAAGUAUUCUGUGAAGUAGAUCAACUUGAAUCCUGCAUUGCUGUGAUUACUCUUCUUGUAUUUCUUUCGGAAUAGUCUUUUAUAUGGAAAAGGUAUUUUGAGGGGGAAAUACAAUUUUAUCAGGUGUUUUCAUACAUUCAUGGUGUUUACAUUCCAAGAAUGACAAUAAUCUUCCAGUUGCCGUGUUCUACUUAACUAUGUUGCACUUGAUGCUCUUAAUGCUAACAAUUGAAAUGAAAACUUCUUACAAAUACA